CAGCUGAUUCGGAAAGUAAUUCUUUUUAAUCUGUGGAAUUCGCUUAGCGAGACGUGUGUGCUUUUUUCAAUAGAAUUUUCUCAAUAAAUGUGUGUGGAAAAUGGCAGAUUCCGAGGUAUUAAAAAAAUUGAAGGAUAUACCAUUUAAAAUCCAGACCGCAAGUUUGAAAGAACGACGUGAGGUUGUUGAAGAAAUUCGGAAUGUAUUAUCAACACCGGGUAUAACAGAGCCAGCAGUGCGGUUUGUGUGUCGCCUGCUGGUGCUCACUCUACACCGCUACAGGGACUCCACCUCCCAGUCCUAUAUCAAGAGCUUGGUGGCCCACCUAGCCGCUACCCACAGAGAAUGGACCCUCAAAGCUCUGUUGCCUGUUCUGCUAGAAAUAUCAGAACAGCUGAAGAACACAGCUUCAUCAAAGAGCAUUUGCCAAAGUGGACUGUAUGCACUGCGCUGGUCCACAGUUCUUAUAGAUGGCACAAUAAAGUCCACAGAAGAGAAUGGAGUGGACUACAAUACUCUUGUGAUAUCUCAGGCCAACCUACUAGCUGCUAUUACUGCAUAUGGGGACCAUAGAAAGAGUGAUAAGGCAUAUUCUAUGUUACAUACAUCUUGGGUAUCAAUAGGCAAGGCUAAAUUAUCCAAGUGGAUUGAGGUGUUACUUGCGAUACCACCAGACUCAGGUCCACAGAUCUGUGUGACAUUCUCUAUUCUGUGCCGACAUCUACAGCAGAUUGGUGAUGGUGAUACCAUUGAACAACACAAGACUAAGAUGCUGGAAAGCUUUACCAAGAGUGUAAUCAGCGUCAAAUCUCGACCAAACGCGAACUACAUCAAGGGGUGUCACGACUUGUUAAGUCAACUCAAUUCUGGAGAUGUCCGCGACGCACUGUUACCGGCGCUACACAAGGCCAUGCUGCGCAGCCCUGAGACCAUCGUGCAGGCAGUCGGACAGGUGUUCGCCAGCCUCAAUGUAGAGUUGGAUGGGCUGGCUGUCGACAUCGGUAAAAGUUUAAUUGUGAACCUGCACUCGAAGGACGAGUGGGUGCGCGGCGAGGCGCUGCGCGCGCUGGAGCGGCUGGCGGCGCGCUGCCGGCAGCCCGCCGCCGCGCGCGCGCUGCUCACGCACGCCUUCGCCGAGUACAACGGCGCCAGUGGCAAGCUCACCUCCAGCGAGGACAAGAUCGCUGUACUCAAUGGUGUGAGCUGUCUGCGCGCGCUGCCGGUAUCUGGCGCGGAUCGGUUGACCCUGUUCAGUGAGGUAACGACUCAACUGGCGCGAGUACUAGACAGUGAGUCCCACGAGCGCACCCUGUGCGUGGCACUGGACACGCUGCAGCGGUGGACCGCCGGUCUGGGGGCCCCACUGCCUGAUAAGAUACUCGAUAUAUUCAAGAAGAACUUGUCAGCGAAGAGUACGACGCAGGUGGUGCGCACGAUGUACAUGAGCAUGGUGGCGGCCGGGCUGCGCGCGUGCGGCGCCAGCCCCGCGCAGGCCGACGCGCUGCAGCCCGUACUCAGCAAGGCAGUCGACAAAGCGGCUCAGCAGCCUUUGCAGCACCUGGUGGUGAACGAGGGUAUCUGCGCGAUGCUGUGCCUGGUACAGCUGGACGCGGCGCGGUCACUGGCGGCGCGCGCGCAGUGGGCCGCGCUGACUCACGCGGACAAGCACGUGCUGCUGCACGACCGCGUGCUGGCCGCCGCCUCCGACGACGUCCUAAUGCAGGUGGUGUUGCUAUGCAGAACAGUGUUGGAAAACUACCAAAGUGUUGCCAGCGAACAAAACUCGCCAAUUUACAGAGCCUUCGUGCUAGUACUGUUAUCUCCUAUCAAGACUGUUCGCACAUCGGCUGUAGAGGAAGUUAAGGCACUACUUGCUAAAGAAGACAGGGUUCUAUUAGCUAGGAAUUUAGCACUAAAAUUGAAUGAAGUUCUGGAAGAAGGAAAAGUGUUCAACACCAAAGAAAAAACUCCAUCUGACGAGAAAGCUGCUGGUGAAGUCACUGGGAAGAUGAUCUUAGACUGUGUUCAGGCACUGUGUUCAUUUAAAGGUUACCCUGAGAAAGACUCCCAAGACUUAGCCCUAUCAGUCCUGCCAAGCUGCCACCACCCCCUGGCGGUGGCAGUGAACCAGCACGCCUGGGUGAAGCUGGUCAACUACCUCGGACACGACCCUAGAAAGCUGGUCAGCCUGUACUCAAACAACCUGAAGAAUAAGUACAUUGUGGACUAUGUACCUAAUGACACCAACACGAACGUGGUGACGACGUUGGUCCGCGUGAGCCCGGACGUGGCGGGCAGCGCGGCGCUGUCGGCGGCGCUGGCCGUGCUCAGCGACCCCAGUCUACUGCGUGUGUCGCGGGACGAGUACUUCACGUACCUCACGCCGCCAGGGGACCUCUACGACAAGAGCGCAGUGCCAGGUAAUGAAGAUAAUAAGGAGAUGAAUUUGAAGCGCGAGAGCAAAGCGUACAGUUACAAGGAGCAGUUAGAGGAGUUGCAGCUGCGGCGGGAGCUCGAGGAGAAGAACAAGAGAGAGGGCAAGGUGAAAGAGCUGUACAAUAAAACUGUGAAUAAGAAUCGAGAGGUGAAAAGUAGUCGGUGGUCGUUGAGUCGGGUGUAUGUGCAGCUGAGCCGGCGCGUGGAGUGCGCGGAGCGGCUGGUGGCGGCGGUGCGGGCCGGCGCGGCGGGCGCGCUGUGCCGCGGCGCGCGCCGCCUGCUGCCCGCGCUGCUGGCCGCGCUGCGCUCGCCGCUGGCCGCGCCGCGCCUCGUGCCCGCCUACCGCGCGCUGGCCCGCGCGCUGCUGCCGCGCCACGCCGCGCUCGGGGACCUCAUCACGCGCCUCACGCUGCGACUCUACAAACCCCAGUGCGACCUGGAACCCAGCUGGGAAGACAACGAACUGGACGCGGCUACCGCACGCACCAUCAACCAGAUUUACGCCACCACCUGCACCAGACCCAGCGAGGGAGACGACGACACGCCGCAGAAGACCAACCACUUCACUGCGCCAGGAUUCUGUUACGCAUUCCCACUACUUAAACUUGGUCUGUCGAACUCUGCGCUGUGGGCGGACGAGCAGACGAUGCUGAACGGUCUGUCCGUCAUAGAGCAGCACGCGGCGCUGCGCCUGGACGCCGACAUGAUGCAGCCCGCCCUGUUCCCCAUCGACCACAUGUUCCGACUGCUCAUUGACCUCAUCAGCAGCACGAGCGGGCGCGUGCAGGCGGCCUGCACGGUGGCGCUGCUGGAGACGGCCACCUGCGGCGCGCGCGGGCACCUGCAGCUGGACGACGUGGCCUGCCUCACGGCCGGCCUGCAGAGCCCGCUCGACGUGGUCCGCGACGCGGCGCUGCGCGCGCUGCUGCGCGUGCUGGACGUGCUGCCGGCGCUGCUCGAGGACCCGCAGCACGCGCUCGACCUCACCAAGCGACUGCUCGUCGCCACCUUCGACGUCGCAGACGACAACAAAAAGCUGGCGGAAGAGUUGUGGUCCCAGUUACCGCUGGCGCAGCAGUGGAGCCGCGAGCCGGAGCUGGUGGAGCUGCUGCUGGACGAGGUGCAGCACCCCGCCGAGCCCGUGCAGCGCGCCGCCGCCGCCGCGCUGGCGCACCUCGUGCAGCGCGCCCAGCCCGGCGCCGCCGACCACGUGCUGCGCCGCCUGCAGGACAUCUACACGGAGCGCCUGCCCAUGAUCCCGGCCCGCCUGGACCAGUUCGGCCACGUGGUGGAGGCGGCGGUGGACGCGUGGGGCGCCCGGCGCGGCGUGGCGCUGGCCCUGCUGGCGCUGGCGCCCCAGCUGCCGGCGGCCGCCGUGCCGCCCGCCAUGCGCUUCUUCGUGGAGCGCGCGCUGCCAGACCGAAGCGACCCCGUGCGCGCUGAGAUGCUCAACGCGGCCAUGGCCAUCGUCGACCUGCACGGGAAGGAGACCCUGAGCAGCCAGUUGCCGGUGUUCGAGAACUUCCUGGACAAGGCGCCGAAGUCGGGCGGCUACGACGCCGUGCGCCAGUGCGUGGUGCUGCUGGUGGGGUCGCUGGCGCGCCACCUGGCGCCCGACGACGCGCGCAUCAAGCCCAUCACGCUGCGCCUCGUGGCCGCGCUGUCCACGCCCAGCCAGCAGGUACAAGAAGCAGUAAGCAACUGCCUACCUCACUUGGUCAGUUCUCCAGCCCUGGAAGACGAAAUCCCGGCCAUCAUGAACAAACUCAUGAAACAACUACUCACUGCCGAGAAAUAUGGAGACAGGAAAGGUGCAGCGUACGGUAUCGCUGGCAUCAUCAAGGGCCUCGGCAUCCUGUCUCUGAAGCAACUCGAUGUGAUGGGCAAGCUCACUGAGGCCAUACAGGAGAAGAAGAACUUCAAGUACCGAGAAGGUGCCCUGUUCGGGUUCGAGAUGCUGUGCCACAAGCUGGGCCGCCUGUUCGAGCCCUACAUCGUGCACGUGCUGCCGCACCUGCUGCUGUGCUUCGGCGACUCGUCGCAGUACGUGCGCGCCGCCGCCGACGACACCGCCAAGCUCAUCAUGAGCAAGCUCAGCGCGCACGGCGUCAAGCUCGUGCUGCCCUCGCUGCUGCAGGCGCUGCAGGACGACAACUGGCGCACCAAGGCCGGUUCCAUCGAGUUGCUGGGCGCGAUGGCGUACUGCGCCCCGAAGCAGUUGUCGUCGUGCCUGCCGUCCAUCGUGCCCAAGCUCAUCGAGGUGCUCAGCGACUCCCACAUGCGCGUGCAGGAGGCGGGCGCCGAGGCUCUCGGUGUCAUCGGAUCCGUCAUCAGAAACCCAGAGAUUCAAGCGAUCGUACCGGUGCUACUGGAGGCCCUGCAGGACCCAUCCAACAAGACGUCAGCUUGCCUGCAGACCCUGCUGGACACCAAGUUCGUGCACUUCAUCGACGCGCCGUCGCUAGCGCUGAUUAUGCCGGUGGUGCAGCGCGCUUUCCUCGACCGCAGCACUGAGACGCGCAAGAUGGCGGCGCAGAUCAUCGGCAACAUGUAUUCCCUGACCGACCAGAAGGACCUCAUGCCCUACCUGCCCAAUAUCAUACCCGGCCUCAAGAGUUCCUUGCUCGACCCCGUGCCUGAGGUACGUUCAGUGUCAGCGCGGGCCCUGGGCGCCAUGGUGAAGGGUAUGGGAGAGAGCAGCUUCGAGGAACUGCUGCCGUGGCUCAUGCACACCCUUACCUCGGAGUCCAGCUCCGUGGACCGCUCGGGAGCCGCUCAGGGACUCUCCGAGGUCGUCGCUGGCCUCGGCGUCCACAAACUGCAUAAGAUCAUGCCAGAUAUUAUCGCAACGGCGGAGCGCACGGACAUCGCGCCACACGUGAAGGACGGCUACAUCAUGAUGUUCAUCUACAUGCCCGGGGCCUUCACGGACGAGUUCCUGCCCUACAUCGGUCAGAUCAUCAACCCUAUCCUCAAGGCGCUCGCCGACGAGAACGAGUACGUCAGGGAGACCGCGCUCAAGGCCGGCCAGAGAAUUGUCAACUUGUACGCAGAGUCCGCAAUCACGCUACUGCUGCCUGAGCUUGAGAAGGGACUGUUCGAUGACAACUGGCGUAUCAGAUACAGCUCUGUACAACUCUUGGGAGAUCUACUCUACCGAAUCUCGGGAGUUUCUGGAAAGAUGAGUACGGAAACUGCUUCGGAAGAUGAUAACUUUGGUACAGAGCAUUCGCACAAGGCCAUCAUUAACGCACUCGGCCCGGAGCGGAGGAACCGAGUAUUGGCGGGACUGUACAUGGGUAGGAGUGACGUCGCACUCAUGGUGCGCCAGGCCGCGCUGCAUGUCUGGAAGGUGGUGGUGACCAACACCCCGAAGACUCUGCGCGAGAUCUUACCGACGCUAUUCGGUUUACUGCUGGGCUGCCUCGCCUCCACCAGCUACGACAAACGCCAGGUUGCCGCCAGGACGUUGGGAGACCUCGUUCGCAAGCUGGGCGAGCGCGUGCUGCCGGAGAUCGUGCCCAUCCUGGAGCGCGGGCUGCGCUCGGAGCGCGCGGACCAGCGCCAGGGCGUGUGCAUCGGGCUGGGGGAGAUCCUGGCGUCCACGUCGCGGGACGCCGUGCUGAGCUUCGCGGACGGGCUCGUGCCCACCGUGCGCACGGCGCUCUGCGACCCGCUGCCCGAGGUGCGCGUGGCGGCCGCGCGGACCUUCGACAGUCUGCACGCCACCAUCGGGAACAAGGCGCUCGACGACAUCCUGCCGCAGAUGCUGGAGGGACUCAAGGACCCCGACCCCGAGAUAGCGGAGGCCACCCUCGAUGGUCUCAAACAGUCCCGCGCGGUGCUGCCGUACCUGGUGCCGGUGCUGACGGCGGGCGGCGCGGGCGGCGCGGUGGACACGCGCGCGCUAUCGGCGCUGGCGGCGGGCGCGGGCGCGGCGCUGGCCCGCCACCUGCCGCGCGUGCUGCCGGCGCUGCUGUCGGCGCUGGUGGCGGCGCGCGGCGGCCCGGACGAGGCGCGCGAGCUCGACCACUGCCGGGACGCGCUGCUGCCCGUCGUCGACCCGCCCGGCGUGCGCAGCAUCAUCGACACCCUGCUGGAGACGAUCCGCACGGGCGACGCGGGGCGCCAGCGCGCGGCCGCGGCGCUGCUGUGUGCCUACGUGACGCACUCGCGCGCCGAGCUGGCGCCGCACGUGCCGCAGCUCAUCCGCGGCCUGGUGCUGCUGCUGGCGGGCGCCGAGCGCGACGUGCUGCUGAUGGCGUGGGAGGCGCUGGGCGCGCUCACCAAGUCGCUGGACCCCGAGCGCCAGAUCGCGCACGUGUCGGACGUGCGCCAGGCCGUGCGCUACGCCGCCGCCGACCUCAAGCCCGACCAGUUGCUGCCCGGCUUCUGUCUGCCCAAGGGUCUGGCUCCGAUCCUGCCACUGUUCCGCGAGUCUAUAUUGAAUGGUCUACCGGAAGACAAGGAGAACGCGGCGCUCAUGCUGGGCGAGAUCAUCAAACUGACUUCUGCCGCCGCCAUCCAGCCCUCCGUAGUACAUAUCACGGGGCCGCUCAUCCGUAUCUUGGGAGACAGGUUCAACUCCAGCGUGAAGGCAGCCGUGCUCGAGACAUUGGCCACUUUACUCACGAAGGUGGGAGUGAUGCUGAAGCAGUUCUUGCCACAACUGCAAACGACGUUCUUAAAGGCUCUGAACGACCCGAACCGACCCGUGCGCAUCAAGGCGUGCCUGGCACUAUCGCAGCUCGUGGUCAUCCACUCGCGCGCCGACCCUCUAUUCUUGGAGAUGCACAACACCAUGAAGAACGUGGAGGACCCGCUCAUCAAGGAGACCAUGCUGCAGGCGCUGCGCGGCGUCAUCUCCGCCGGCGGAGACAAGAUGACGGACGCCACGGCGCUGGCCAUUUUGCCCACGCUCAGCAGCCCGGCGCUGCUGGCGCACCCCGAGGACCCGCCACGCUCGCAGGCGGCCGGCUGCCUGGGCGCGCUGCUGCACUGCCUGCCGGCGGCGCAGCAGGACGCCGCGCUGGCGCACCACGUGCUGGCCGCCAGCGACGCCGAGCUACUGGCGCACGGCCGCUCCGCCGCACUCUUCGUGGCACUUAAGGAGACGCCCCACGUCGUCUACAAAGACGAGGACAAGGUGGACAAGGCCCUGCUGGCGCUGCUGGCCAGCGACAAGGUGGCCAUCGCCUGCAACGGGCUCCGCGCCAUGGGCUACCUAAUGCGCCACCUGCUCAAGGAGGGCCGGCCCAGCAUGAACCACCCGAGCAACGAAGUGAAGCAGCUGAUGGCGCGCGCGGCCACGAUGCUUGGCCGCGAGGCGGAGCUCAGCGCCAGCGGACCCAGCGCAGAGCUGCUGCGGGCGCUGUUGCCGGCACUGGUCAACGGCACUAAGGAGAAGAACACCUACGUCAGAGCCAACGCAGAGAUAGCAUUGCGGGCUGUGUUGAGACUGCCACAAGAUGAACAGUUCCACCUGCAAUGCAUGGCGUUGCUAGAGGAGGGCGCGCGGGAGGCGCUGGGCGACGUGGUGGCGCGGGUGCUGCGCCGGAACAUCGCCGACGGACGCGACGAGGACCUCGACUGCACGCUCCUUACCUGAGACCCACAUACUACGCGCAUGCGUCCUGGACUACACACUGAUACUAUUUUUUAAUUUGUUAUACAAACUUCUUACUUGUUUUCUUAAUCCUUGUAAAUAUCUGCCAGUCACUUUCAUGUGCUGUUAUUUUUUAUAAAAAAUAAAUUAAUUCAUAUUUUAUAAAAAUUUUACUAGACUAGAACCAUUAAUUUUAAUAAUGCAAUUAUUAUUAUAAUGUAUAAAAUAUUAGCAGGAAAAUUGAGAUGUUACAUCCGUACCAUUCGUGAAACUACACUAGAAAAUGAAUUUAUUAUAUUUCUGUCAUAAUCCAGAUAUAUAAAUGACUGAGUACUGUUAAUGUAAUACCCAGGCAAUGAAACAAAGUGACAGUGGUAAUAAAUGUAUUACUUGAAAAUGGCAUAGAACUGUAUUUCUGUCUGGUAAAGUACAAUUAAAAUGAAUCACAAUACAUGGUAACCCAAGAUUCUAUAAAAUUAUUAAUAGCAUUCCAUAUCAUAUUAUCUACAACAUGAAAACAAGAUUGAAUUUCCUAAUAUGACAUCAUGCUGAAUGUUGUUAUCUCUGUAAUAUUAACAGAAUAUAAAUGUAUCAAACUAAAUAAACAACACUAAAUAUGAACUGACUGUUUAUCUUAUAACAAACCAGUUUGAUUGAAUGAUUCAUCAAGUUGUACAAAAUUACAAAUUCACUCCAUGAUUGUUAUAAAACUUAUGCAAAUUUGUUCUCUUAGAUACAUAAUAGCAGAAUGAGGAAUGUUACAUAAAGAAGUUUAAAUCUUAACAUUAAUUACAUCACAAUUACUUCCUAACAAGGAAUUACAACUCUUUAUCUGUAUUCUUCUUUGUGAAGCCUCUUUCCUGGACCAAUUCAUUGCACUGCUGACGAGUCAGUUGCGACAGUGGUAGGCGUUCUAGUUCGCGGUCAUUUUCUCCAAGCAGCACCAGCUCUGGGGGAGCUCCACUGAUGAAAUUAACUUCCACACGCUCAUACUUAGGAGCGUCAUCCAUGACAAAUCUUUUCACCUCCGGUAGACGAUUCAGUGAGCAUCCUCUGCAAGUCUAAAAAAGAUAUUACAUUAAAUACCAAAGUUAUUGCAAUCCUUACUUCAAUAUUAUUAAUAAGUAGGCGUUAAAUAACUAACCUCAAUUCUUGCCGAAACAAUAUCUGAAUUUUCAUAUCCGAAACUAGUAGCUAAAAUAGCACAAAUAGCUAAUAACGUAAUCUUCAUUUUGAUAAAAGUAGAUGUAUCUGCCUAGUCGAACAGAAUAAAACUGAACUUAGAUCGUGAUUAAUGAUUCUUUAUAAAUCAGACCAAAACGUAAUCUGAUUUGAUAACAACCGAUGAACCGAAGCACCGAAACAAAUGUCAAU